CCCGCAUCACGCUCCAUUCUUUUGUCUCAGUUAGUGUGAAUAUCAUUUAAUUACAAUAUUAUUAUUUAGAUAUUUAAAAUAAGAAUGAUAAUACAAGUAAAGAUAAAUUAUGAUCUAAAAAGGUUGGAUAAUGUGUAAUGAUAAAACUCUUUAUUUUGCGUUGAUAGGUUAGUUGCCAUUGUUCUCAGAAAAUCUUGGGCGAUUUGUGCUUCAAACUGACUUUAUUAUUCACAUCAUAAAUCACACUUGUUUUCGUCGAAAUCUGGUCAGGAUUCAGUGACAGGAAAUGUGAAGGGCGAAGUGCCAUAUUCACAGUGUAGAACAACUGCUCUUUUAUUCAGUGAAAUGCUAAAAUUAAAUGAACUGAAGAAAGACAGUAACCAAGACAGAUACUUUACUGUCCUCCAAAGUCCAUGAGAAACAUCCAUACGAUGCAACAAAGGAACAUCCUUAUGGCUGUUUUCGUGAAGAAUGGAACAAACAAAACGGAAAAAUAGAAAAUAAAAAGCAGAACGAAUCGCUGGAUGCGCGCCUGAGCCGCAGACAUUCAUUACGCGGAGCCCUGUGCAGACACCAGCAGCUCUUAUUAUUAAUCAGAGUGAUCGGGAAUACAGCAGGACAGGAUGGGAUAUGUGCACAGAAGAUCACACACUCUUCUGCUUUGGUUUGCCACCCUAUUGCUGUUGGUGGAGGGCAGAAGAGGUAAACAGCCCCGAUGCCCCUCUGGAUGCACCUGCACUAAAGAUAACGCCUUGUGUGAAGGUGUGAUGUCUGUGCCACACAGUUUUCCUCCUGACGUCGUUUCACUGUCAUUUGUGAAGUCCGGAUUCAAUGUGAUCGCCGGGGGAAGUUUUCUCUACACGCCUUCCCUUCAGCUCCUAUUGUUUACGGCCAACUCGUUCGACUCUAUCGACGAAGACGCUUUCCAAGGCCUGCCACAUCUUGAAUAUCUGUUUAUUGAAAACAACCAAAUUGAAUCCAUUUCUCCCAACGCAUUUAGAGGUUUAAAAUCUCUCUUACACUUGAGUCUCGCCUACAAUAAUCUCGAGACGUUACCCAAAGACGUUUUUAAAGGGAUGGAUGCCUUAACAAAAGUGGAUCUGAGAGGAAACAUGUUCAGUUGUGACUGUAAACUUAAAUGGCUGGUGGACUGGAUGUUCAGCACCAAUGCAACGGUGGACCAGUUACACUGCAGCGGGCCCGCGGCCUAUCAAGGGAAGAAGAUUAAUGACCUGACGCCUCAGUCAUUCGACUGCAUUACAGCAGAGUUUGCUAUAAAGAAGACCCUUACAUUUGAGUCCAUAUCUGUGGAGUCCUUCACCUUUGGGAAUGAUCAAUACGUUGUAUAUGCUCAGCCCUUCUCUGGAAAAUGCAGCUUUAUGGAGUGGGAUCAUGUCAACAUGGAGUUCAGAGCUUACGACACUAUAGAAAGCACGUCCACUGUGGUUUGCAAGCCGAUGGUUAUCGAAAACCACCUUUUCAUCAUCGUUGCCCAACUUUUCGGUGGCUCUCACAUUUACAAAAGAGACAGCUCUGCCAACAAAUUCAUCAAAAUCCAGGAUAUCGACAUUCUGAAAAUCAGAAAACCCAACGACAUCGAGACCUUCCGCCUGGACGGCGAGUACUUCUUCGUGAUAGCCGACAGCUCCAAGGCCGGUUCCACCACGGUCUACAAGUGGAACGGCAACGGGUUCUACUCGCACCAGUCUCUCCAUCCCUGGUACCGAGACACGGACGUGGAGUACCUGGACAUCGGCGGCAAAGCCCACCUCAUCUUGUCCAGCAGCUCGCAGCGGCCUGUCAUCUACCAGUGGAGCAAGAGCCAGAAGCAGUUCGACCGACGGACCGACAUCCCAGAGAUGGAGGACGUCUACGCCGUCAAACACUUCAAGGCCAAGGGGGAGCUGUUUAUCUGUCUGACGCGCUUCAUCGGCGACUCCAAGGUGAUGACGUGGGACGGUUCCAUGUUCACGGAGAUACAGACAAUGCCCUCGCGGGGCUCCAUGGUGUUUCAGCCCGUCUCCAUUGGCAACUGGCAGUACGCCAUCCUAGGCAGCGACUACUCGCUGACCCAGGUCUAUCGGUGGGACGCUAAAAAGAGCCAGUUUGUGCACUUCCAGGAGCUCAACGUCCAGGCGCCGAGAGCUUUUUCACUGGUGUCCAUUGACAACAGGGAAUUCCUCCUGGCGUCCAGCUUUAAAGGGAAGACGCAGAUUUACGAGCACUUGAUGAUCGACCUGAGCAGUUAGACGCUGUGACGAGGCUGUGAAUUACACCAUUGUGACCCUCGCGUGCUUUUGUGAACCUACAUGCAUGAUCUAGUGCUAAUAAUAAUAAUUCUACAUGAAUGCCUCUCUAGAAACUCCCUUUGUGUCUUUCUCUCUUGUCUUCAUCUUUUUUCACACUUUUUUUUUGUCCCUUUAAACAAAAACUAUUGUGUUCUCUAGCCUUACAUCACUAAAGAGGUAGGCCUAUAAUAAAGGAAACGGCAAAGGUCAAAUCAGUUAACAUAAUAACAUCUGCCAAAUAAACUGUUUACAUUUUUUACAGCGAAAAACUAUUUUUAACUGUUUGGUUUUUUUUACGUAGAAAGGACAACUUUAAUGGCAUUCUUCACAAUGGCUGUGACAAAUUUGAAACUUCUUUUGACUAAAUAACUUCUUUGAUUAAUGAAAUAAACUUAGAUUUAGCUCUUUGAGGACGAAUAACUGAGAGAGAACCUUAGUUGUUUGCUACGUGUUUGUUUGUUAGAUCUAAUAAAACCUAUUAGAAAUA